AUUGGGUAUUCCAUUAUUGGUACUUUGUUAUAAUUCAUUCAGCAACAAACAACUUCUUUAUAUCAAUUGCGAAUGCAAAGUCAAAAUAACAUGAAAAGAUACUUAGUGUUCUCUGUUAUAACUUUAACUGUGGUGUCCACAACAUACGGUCAUCCUGUGAGUGCCAAUGUGCCCGAGUGUAGAGAUGGCGAGGAGUGGGUAAAUCAAGAAUGCCGCAAGAUCAACAAGAACGUCAUAGUUGUGCCACCAAACUGCGCACCUGGACAAGUCUUGAUCAACGGACAGUGUCGUGACAUUUGGAGACAAGGAAUCAACAAACCAAAUGUGAUAGAUGUCCCGGAUAACUGCGGUCCCAACCAAAAAUUAAUCAACGGCCAGUGCCGAGACAUUUGGAGAUACAGCGUCAAUGUACAAAACAUCAUACAUGUACCGGAUAACUGCCCUCCGGGUCAACAAUUAAUCAAUGGGAUUUGUCGGGAUAUAUGGUUCAGAAACAUUGACGUUCAAAAUGUAGUAACAGUUCCUCCGAACUGCCCCGUGGGUCAGGAAUGGAUAAAUGGACAGUGUCGAGAUGUCUGGCCUAGAACACAACCAACUGUGCCUAAAGAAGAUGGUGGUGACUUCACAUCAACGAAUGGUGAAAAGAUCGUUGGACCACAAAUGACUCUGCACGACCUUAUAAUGAAUGAACAAACGGUAGGAGAUAUAAAAAUUAAAAACGUCAUCAAUGUGCCGAACCAAUGCCCCUCUGGGUUCAGGCCGGAUGCCCAUGGCGUAUGCCGGCCGAUAUGGACAGCUUAGAACUUUUGUCAAUAAAAUUAAUUUUAACUUCCUGGUGCUACGAUUGUCGUUAUUAUAAAUAUUAUCCAACCUAGUUACCUAGGUAUAUCAUUUAUCAAUAAUAAAAUAUAUGUAUGUUAUCAGUAA